CUCUACAUCAGCAUGGUGCAGUGGGUGACGGACGAGUGUCUUGCUGUACGCUGGUUAAACCGUCCUCAGAACUCCUCCAUUCUCACACUCUGCUACACACACACGGGGAAAUGUGUGGCGAAGCACGUCAUGAUAUCGGACAAAUGGAUUGACAGACAGAAUGAAAAACCAUCUUUCUCUAAAGACGGAGAAACGUUUUUCGUGACAUUGCCCCUCAGAAGCGGAGGCCGCGGAUCCUUUAGACACCUUACUAUGAUGUCAGAGCAGCCUGAAGGUGAAGAGGUCAGCAUGCAACACCUGACCUCUGGGACCUGGGAGGUCACAGAGAUCCUGAGCUAUGAUCAAAAGUGGAAUACAGUGUGAGUCACUUCACACACACACACACACACUCACACUCACUAAUGC